AUGGAUCCGUACUCUGCCGAGGGCGAAUUGAUCAACAUCCACAACCAUUUUCACCAGGGCCAGUACCAGGAAGUCGUCGACUUUGACACGUCCUCCUUCUCGGCCGAGAACGCCCUUCCGGCGCGGGUCCUUCAGCUGCGUGCCCGCGUCGCCCUCGGCCAGUCCAGCGAUGUUCUCGCCGACGUCAAGGGCGAGACGGAGCCGGAGCUCGAGAUAAUGGCCGCCUUUGCCGAGUUCACCCUUGGAAAGACCGAGUCGGCCCUCGAGACGGUCGAGAGGCUCGCCGAGUCGACACCCGACAACGUCACCGUCCAGAUCGUCGGCGGCACGGUCCUGCAGGCGGCCGGAAAGUCGGACGAGGCGCUGGCUUUGCUGUCCCAGCACCAGGCGAGCUUGGAAGCCGUGGCGCUGAUUGUGCAGAUCUACCUGCAACAGAACCGAACCGACCUUGCCGUCACCGAGGUUGCUGCCGCGCGGAGAUGGGCGCAGGAUAGCCUGCUCGUCAACCUGGCCGAGUCGUGGGUCGGCGUGAGAGUGGGUGGCGACAAGUACCAGCAGGCAUUCUACGUCUACGAAGAGCUUGCCCAGGCUCCCUCGACGGCCUCGAUACGGAGUCUCGUCGCCCAGGCCGUCUGCGAGCUCCAUCUCGGCCGUCUCGAGGAGGCGGGGAGCGCGCUCGAGGAAGCGAUGAAGAAGGAGCCCGGAUGCGCCGACGCCAUCGCCAACAUGCUCGUCCUCCAAGUCAUCUCGGGAAACGAUGUUGCGGAGCUCGCCGAGUCUCUCAAGAAAGCCGACGGCAAACACCAGUUCCUGCUCGACCUGCAACAGAAGAGUGAGCUGUUCGACGCCGCGGCGACAAAGUACAGCGCCAAGGUGGCUUCGUGA